AUGGCUAGAAGUUGGCUGGGUCGGCGUCUCAGCGGCCGAAGAUUGAUUUAUUUCCUCAUCUCGCUUUCUCUACUAUCAUUUGUGGCCGUUCAGUUUACUUUUGGUAGACCAGUAGGUUAAUAUUUUUUUGUAUUAUGGGCUUAGAACGAUGUAAUUGCAAGCAGAAGGCAUCCUCAAGACGGCUUUAAUGAUGAUCCACCAUAUAAAGCUGGUGGUCCUCAAGAAGCAAGGUUACAUGCGGAUGUUGUAAAGGUCCCCCCGAGAGACGGAUUCCUCAAUAAUGUGGCUGAUGCUAUUAAACCGACAUUUUUGGGGAAAGGGAAGUUUAUUCCAGAAAAAAGGAUCGUUCAUCUGGAUCUAAAAGGAGGAGCGUAUAGAGUAAGUAAAUUAACUUUAGACUACAAAUCGGCAUCUUUAAAGGCGAUCUACACGCCUAUGAGAUUACAAUAAUAAUAUAAAAAGCCACGAUUUUCGAGAAAUUUGGAUGAGUCUCAAAAAAUGUUCGCUUUUGUAAAUCCCGGGUUUUAAAAAAUCGAACUGCAUUCCAGCUGUAUAUUGCAUUAGGCAAUGCUAGAUAUGCUGCUCGAUCUGAUGAUAUAGAAACUUACUGUGACGUUGCAAUUCUGAGUCAUCGAUGUCAAAAAUGUCCGCUCCAAGCAACGAUUUGUAUUAGAACGCAUUAAAAACUGUUGUUAUGAUAUACUAUACAUGUAGAUCGCUUUAAAUUGAAAGGGCCGAUUUAUAGUCUGAGUGUAAAUAACUAUAGAGAUUUUUACUUUAGCCUUCUUUCUUCCCUCGACUGUUUGAUUUUUUUGUAAAAACUCAAUUCACGGGUAUUUUAUUGGAAUGGGAAGACAUGUUUCCAUACGAAGGAACUCUGAAAACAGCUAUAAACGGAGAUGCUUACAGUAUGCAGGACGUAGGUAAAAUACUUAAAUUCUAUUUGGUAUUAGGUACGCGAUAUUCUCCAAGCAGCGAAGGAUCGCAAGCUGGAAGUAAUCCCUCUUGUCCAGACUUUUGGCCAUCUGGAAUGGGUCCUGAAAUUGGACGGAUUUGCGCGGCUUCGGGAAGAUCCCAGACAUCCAACUGUCAUUUGUUUUGGAAAGAACGAGAGCUUUGACAUCAUUAAGGAUAUGGUUGAUCAGGUGGCCGGAGUCCAUAAAGAAUUUGGAAUGUCUUCUUUCCACAUGGGUGCAGAUGAGGUUUUUAUAUUGGGAGUUUGUAACGAAUCCGUCAAGAAAAUGCAAGAACAUGGGGGAAAGGAUCGGGCAAUGCUGUGGCAUAUGUCCAGAGUGGCCAAAUACAUCAAGGAGACCCAUAAGGUGGACGUUCUAGCAUGGCAUGAUAUGUUUGCCCACAUAAUCGAGGAAGACCUCCGGACAUACGAAAUGACAACGUUGGUCGAACCCAUGCUCUGGAGUUAUGCUGAGGAUCUGGAUUAUUUCCUUCCAUUCUCAACCUGGCUUUCGUUGAAACCAUUUGGAAAAGCAUGGGCAGCUUCGGCUUUCAAAGGUGCAGACGGCCCAGGGAGGUAUAUCUCUAAUCCGAUGCAUUAUGUGAAGAAUCAUGAGAGUUGGGUAAAACAGUUUGAUCGGGCAAAGAAUGAACUGAAAAUCCGAGGCCUGGUCUACACUGGAUGGAGCAGAUACGAUCAUAUGGCCACGUUGUGUGAGCUGGUACCAACUGCUCUUCCUCAGCUUUUAAUGUCUCAAGAAACAAUCCUGGAAGGGAAACCGAUGAAUGGGAAUUAUGAGAUGACUCGCAAAUGGUUGGAAUGCACUCCAGUCACCGGUCUGGGGGAAGUUUCUUAUGGUUGCAAAUUUCCUGGAAGUGAAGUAAGAAGUUAUUAUAUUAUCCUGAAAACGUUAUUGUAGGUCUACGAGGUCAUCAACCAGUAUUACAAUAAACGGCUAGCUGUGGAGAAAUAUAUUGCUGAGGAUUACGACUUUAAUGGAUGGUUGACCAGGAUUGCGGAGGUUUACGAUGUCUCUUCUCCAUUGGCUGUCGAGGUAACGGAGACCUUAAUUGACUUAUGGCUUCCUUGUUUAGAAAAUAAUUCCUGUUCUGGAUCAACAUUUAUCCGAUCUUAAAGCCUCAGAGAAAGCCUUCAGAAAUGCGAUGAAAUUAAUUUAUUUCCAAGAAACCAUCGAUGAAUACGUUUAUGUUUACAUGGCUGACAUCAUAGAAAAGUUGCAACGUCGGAGAGAAGCAGCGAUAAAACAGUCGACCGGGGUGAACACAUAUCCCAAGCGACCGUUUAUUAAAUACCCAAAAGAGCUCUGA